CGUUUGCGCCACUCACCCUCGCCGUUUCCGGGACAUCCACCGUUGUCUUCUAGCUGUUGGCAUCGUGCACGUGCGUUUCAUGGCCGACGUCUUUCGGAGGCUGCCGCUGCUGGUGCUGGCCGUCGUCCUGCUCCUCCUCUUAGUUGUCUUCCACGUGUGUAUCCUCGACGCCGUUCCACGACGUGGCCGCAGAAGACGUUCUUCGAAGAAGGACGUCGGUAUGGAGGGGCGGCAGGGGAUGUGCAGGUCUGCAGGGGAUCAGGGUGGGGGGCACCGGGCUGGGCAGAGCCCGGCGAGAAGUUCAAGGUCGUCGGAGCAGUCUGGGUACGCACACAUGCCACCGCACUUGCAGCCUCUGCCGGACACGUCCGACGAGGAAGAGGAGGACAGACGGUCACGUACCGUGCCGCUGGGAAGCGGGUCCAUCCAGGAUUGGGCGGCCAUAGAGCUCUGUGGAAGCCGCGACGGUGGUUAUGACCAGUCGUACACCGAACUCCUCCAGCAGGGGCUGAGUGAUGACGAAGGUGAUGGAGGCGUGAAUCUGUCAUUCGGGCUGUGCAGCGGGAAGUCGUCGGCCGCGUCGCGAACGGUGAUCGUGAACAACCAUCCCGACGACGAGGGCAGGCAGUUGACGGCUGUUGCGCGGUCAUCGAAGUCUCCAGCUUCGAUCCGGGAGGCGUCGGGGAACAACGGGGAUCCUCCGAGGCAGCAAUUCCGGACGCCAUGUCGCAAAAACGACGGUGACGCACCUGCGGUGGGCGCGGACAAUCAGGAGUGGAACGACGACGACGGCGAAGGUGGGGAGGACGACGCAGGCCACGUACCGCCGUUGAAGCAGAGCAGCAUGGGAGGAAGGGGCGGGAAGACGAGGGCGUGUGCUCGCAAUGGUAAUCGGGGGAAAAAAGCGGCGGGGAACGGGAGCGAUGCCGAAGCUGACGGUGAUGCGGAAGGAGGUCGUCAGUUCUGGUCCGUGGACAACAUGAUAGCCCUCAACCGGGCUAAACUUGACCAGGACGCGCAUCUGCAGGGGAUGGGUAUCGCAUACGCUCGUAUGAAGCUGCGAGAAUGGAAGUGGUUGGAUGUGGAGCAAAGGUUGAAGAAGGUGGGCGUCGACACAGAAGCCGAACGGUGCGGGAAGAAGUGGGACAAUUUGAUGCAACAAUUCAAGAAGGUGCAUCACUUCCAAGGCUUGUCAGGGAAGCAAGACUUCUUCCAAUUCUCCGGGAAAGAGAGGUUGUCGAAGGGCUUCAAUUUCAACAUGGAUCGUGCGGUUUACGACGAGAUCCUGGGGUCGACCGUGAAGAGUCACACCAUAAACCCCAAGAACGUCGCCGACAUUGGUGCUCCGAGUGGUGUGCAUCUGCCGUUCGCCACUUCUGCGGAUCCUGAAUUUGUGGGCGAUGGGGACGCUGCUGUAGGGCACGACGACGACGAGGACGGGUCGACGAGAGGACACUCGACGUCAGUUCUCGCCAUCCUCGCGUUCGCCGCCUUCAUCGUCUUUGUCGCCGCUUUCAUCGCCUUUCUCUCCAUUCUCGCCGCCUUCAUUGCCUUUCUCGCCAUCCUCGCGUUCGUCGCCUUCAUCGCCUUUCUCGCCGCCUCCAUCGCCUUUCUCGCCAUCCUCGCCGCCUUCAUCGCCUUUCUCGCCGCCUUCAUCGCCUUUCUCGCCAUCCUCGCCGCCUUCAUCGCCUUUCUCGCCAUCCUCGCCGCCUUCAUCGCCUUUCUCGCCAUCUUCGCGCCCGUCGCCAUCUUACCCGUUGUCACCUCGAUCUCGCCUGUCGCGUUGCCAAGUCGCCACGUCGCCGCCACAUCCGUCUUGGGCCAUGUGAACUUCAUCGCCUCGUUGUUCGACCGUGGAGUGCUCACCUCUGUUUCUUCCUCGCCAACGCCGUCGUCGCCACCAUCGCCACGUUCGCAGUCUAUCCCGCCGUCACCGUUGUCCUGUUCGUCGCCGAUACGGGCCAUCGUCCAGAACGUCUUCCAGGCCGUCAACGACAGCGACGACAUCAUCGCCACACCCGUCAUCGCAGCGGAGACGACCAUCACAAUCUGUUGCAGGACACUUUUCACCGUCGACGCAGAGAUCUUCAGUUGGCGGCUGGCCUACCUUGAAGUUGGUGUGUCGCGCGUCUUGUCGUCCCGCGGUUCUGGACGUGCCAAGUCCGCAAGGAAACUGGCAGUUGAAGCGGCUAUCCGGGAGAGAAAGGGCCGCCACGUCGCCAACAAACAAAGAAAACUCGUCCAAGGCGCCUCCCCGCUUCCGAAGUUUGUCGAGGAUGACGAGUGGGUGGCGUCACAGGUCGAAAGCGACUUCUUGGAAGAGGAGGAAGUGUCGUUGAAGCGGAAGUCUGCGAGGAGAGGAAGUGGAGCCCUCCGGAUCGAUGAUGUCGGUGAGAGACGAGGCGGAGGAGGGCGUGCAAUGAUGGAAGACGUCAUCGACAUCAAUGCUGCGGCGGCAUCCGGGCGAGGCGGGGGAAGCCGUCGGCCAACAACAUCGCGCGGCAGUGGCACGUGCGAACGAAGCCCUGGAAGUGCAAGAGGUUGUCGUCUGCGCGCAAACACCAGCAACCCCGAGGGCGACGACCUCUAUAGACAUUGGCGUCAACGUGCAAGCCGUCAGUCAGGGGAGCAAGAGCCGCUCUCCUGCGCAGGAGCAGCACGGGGUUGCAUCAGGGGGGGCUGCGGUGCGAGGGCAGGCGGGGCCGCAGCGGGUGGGGCUCUUCACGCGCCGGAAGGGGCAAGGGCAGCCGGGGCCGCGGCGGCGGGGGCUUCACAAGCAGCUGAAGGAGCGAGGGCGGGCGGGGCGAGGGCAGGCAGGGUUCCACAGGCGGGGGAAGGGGCGAGGGCAGGCGAUGUUGCAGCACAAGGGGAGGACGACGAAGCGCUGGUGAACAGGGUGCGUCAGCAGAAUGCGCGGGAUGGAAUCGAGGCGUUGUCGAAGGUGUGGGUGGACGACAUCCGCGUCUGGAACGAAACGAAAGGGAACGCCAUUGUGAAGUUGAUGUAGGAAGCGCGCGUGUAUCUUGUUGCGGUGGCGAGGGGAGUGCAGCCUCCAGCAUUGCGUCGAACCAUCGUCUUGCCUCAUACAACCAUCCCGCAGCACAAAAUCA